UGUUAUUCAGUGAGAUUAAUUUUCUGUUUAGUCCAUUAAACGGCCAACACUUGUUGAUCUGCAAAACCAGAUGCAACCUGCGGCCAUCUCUCUGAGUUUCUUGUUACUUGUAGUACUGGAGACUAGUAACUUCCAAUCAUGUGUAGCAAGAGACACCAUCAGUUCUAACAGUUUAUUGCCAGGUGAUGGCACAACUAUUAUAUCCGCUGGGAAAGGAUUUGAACUGGGCUUCUUCGAUCCUGAAGAUAACAUUAAUACUGGAAGAUACGUAGGCAUAUGGUAUUACAACUUGAGUCCACGAACAGUUGUAUGGAUUGCCAACAGAGAUGCACCGUUACCAUAUGUACCUGGAAACUUUUUCAUAGGUGAAGAUGGCAAUCUCAAGUUGGUGGAUAAGAUGGGAACUUCAUAUUUCAAUACUACGCUUGAAAGAUCUAGCCCUGUUAACAGGACCCUGAAGCUGCUGGAUUCAGGGAAUUUGGUACUGAUUGAUGGGAGCUCAGGAAAUAUCCUAUGGCAAAGCUUUGCCGAACCAACUGAUAGUUUUCUUCCUGGCAUGAAGAUGGAUGGAGGUUUGAAGUUGGUUUCCUGGAUGGAUAUUGGCAAUCCUGCAACUGGGAACUUCACAUUUGAGCAAGAUCAAGAAAAUAGGCUGCACAAGAUCAUGAAGGGAAAAAUAGAACCGCACUGGAAAAGUGAUCAAUCAGGUUCUGAUGAACUGCCUUACUUUGUGGCCUUCUUCUUAUCGAAUUUUAGCCGUAGUGUUGAACAGGCUACUUAUAUAUCUUCCAGUGCAUAUUCUUCAAAUAAUCCUGGUUCAGCAAAUACUAGCUUAAACUAUUCGCAAGCACUAGAUUCUUAUGCAAAUACUAGGUUGUUGAUGAAUCCCUCUGGAGAGAUACAGUUUUACCGUCGGGAACAGGAUGGAUGGUCAUUGAUGUGGAAGGAGCCCCAUGAUGCGUGUAGUGUCUAUAACCCUUGUGGUAAUUAUGGUAGCUGUAAUCUCAAAAGUGGGGGUUUGAAUUGUGAUUUUCUGCCAGGAUUCAAGCCCGUCUUUCCUGAUGCUUGGAAAACUGGAGAUUUUAGUGGCGGUUGUGAAAGGGAGUUGCAUAUAUGCAAUAACACCUCCAAACCAGACACAUUCUUCAAUUUGAAGUUGAUGAAAGUGAAGAAACCGGACAUCCUAUAUGCUGCGGACAGCGAGGAUACGUGCAGACAGGAGUACUGUCUCAGCGAUUGUGCAUGCCAGGCAUACUAUUAUGCUGGAUUUGACAAUCGAAGUCGAAAUAAUGGUGGUGGAUCUAGUUGCUUGAUUUGGACUUCUGAACUUACUAAUUUACAGGAGUAUGUUGAUGGUGGCCACGAUCUCUCAAUUCGUGUACCAGUUUCUGGUAUAGAAAAUCUGGCUAAUACAAACCAGUCAGAAGGGACAAGCUCAAAACGUGAAAAUCCAUCAAUAUCAGUGACUCUUGUCACUGUGAUUAUUGUUACCACAGUGAUUGCUGUAGUUUUACUUGCUGGCACCUUAACCUGCUCCUUUUACAGGAGGAUCAUAGCAAAAAGAAAAGGUGUCAAUGUGGCAAACGACCCUAAUUACGCAACCAUUUUUUGCACUCUGGUUCAAACAUUUUCCAAGGUAGAUAUAAAUCUAACUUGUGCUUAA